UCAAAAACGUCAAAUGAAGCAGAAGAUUUCAGUCAAGUGUCAUAAUAUUUUGAUUUUUUGCCAAUUUAUUUUUAAAUUAAAAUAUUGCGCAUAAUCAUCUGGUUUUAAUAAUACUCAAAAUACUGAUAUUCAUAAAAAAUGCUAUCUAAUAAACUAAGACAAAUAAGCCAAGUGUGUAAAAGGAGUCCUGUUUUUUUAAGUAAUGUGAGACAUAAAGCUGCUUAUGAAGGAGAAGGCAAGACCACAGUGCGCGUCAUCAACCAGGAGCAGGACUUGGGGCUUAUGAUAGACUCCUAUGCUACAUAUGGAUUCAGACUGAACAAUGGCAUCACAGUACUCGGACCUAUAGCUAUAUUUUCAAGAACAAUACUAUCAUGGCAAGUGAGGACAUCAAAGGAUAUCACUGAGGACUCCCUGAGACUCUUCAGGUUGCUGGAGCCCAAGAUUGACCUUUUGAUAAUAGGCCUAGAGUCGACAGACCGCUCCACGGUAGACUCAGUGUUCCGCGCGGCGCGCCUCGCCAAGCUCAACGUGGAGAUCUUGCCCACGGAGCACGCCUGCUCCACCUUCAACUUCCUUAACUCUGAAGCCAGGUCAGUGGCGGGCGCGCUGCUGCCGCCGAUGCACGUGGAGGUGAACGAGGACGACAUGCUGCGCUCCAAGCUGCACUACGAGAACCUGUACAAGAAGGACUUGUACUAGCUGCGCCGUCGGUGUACGUCCGACUGGUUCCAGCAUUCGCCAGCUCCUGUCAUAAACUAGCACACACGUACAAUGACGACUCGUAGUAUUGGUUUUACCGUUGGUGUACGUCCGACGAAUUUAUCUCUGGCCCGCUCGUCAUAAAAUGGCACACACGUACUAUUACAAUGACGACUUAUAAUAUUACAAUGAACUUACAAUGAGGUAUAUUACUAUUGCUAUUUAUCUAACUGUUGAUGCUUGUCCGACAACCUCUAUAUCUUGUUAAGCUCUUUGCCACAAUUACACUUAUGCCAUGUUCCGACACUAUACUAUACCGUUGGUGUAUGACCGACUAGUGCCAACUCUCGCUAGGUGUUAUCAUUAGAGCUAUGAUAUUUUAAUAACAUAUGAAUAUUUCUCUAUUAGAUAUAAUUAAUUUGCUUCACGUGUAGUUGAAGUUCACAAUCAUUUGGUAUAUACCUGGAAAGUUUUCCGGGAGUUUUGAAAAUUGGUUAUCUAAUACAUUUCGAUGUAGGUACUUGUUGCGAAUAUCAACUUUGCCACCUCGUAACUUUGCCGCUCGCGCCGCCAUUUCGAAAAGAUGGCGUAUACUAUAAGAUUACCAAUUUUCAAAACUCCCGGAAACCUUUCCAGGUAACUUCAUUUUUUAGCACCAAAUGACUGUACCACUGCCCUGUAGGCCCCAAGACAUCUCGUGAAGACAAAAAGACAUAUUUACUAAACAAUAGCGGCAGAUCACGCGGCAGGAAAUCGUCCCAUAGCAAAGAAAGUAAUGUUUACAAUUCGGCCGCUAUUGGUCUACAAUAUGGGUUUUUCUCGAAUAAAAAGAUAUGUUGUUUACGCAUCUUGGACCUAUUGAUCUAAACGUAGCGAUAUCUAGUCAAAAUUCAUAACUAGAGCACAUCAUGUUAUAUGAAGCCUAACACAGCACCUCACUAUAAAACUUAUUACUAACAGAUGUGGCCUGUGGGUACAUACUCUGCUUUAGACAAAAAAUAUCCACACUCAAUCUAAAACUAGAUUUAUAAAUUAAUUAAUUGAAAUUUUUGUCCUUUAGCAGUGGCGUAGGUAUAUAAGAUGGCAGAGCCUAUGUCGUUUUUAUCUUAAGGGCACACGGGACCCGUGCUCAGGCAGGGCAUUCUCAGGGGGUCCCGAAGGACUGACGGAUUAGUUAAGGACGGCGGUGGGCAGAGCUGGCACACCGCAAAAUCCUACAGGCCCACAGUAGGAUGGAGCCUUCAGCUCGCAGUGAGUUAUAAAGUAAUCUGAUGUUAAUAUACGGUGUUUCUGAGGUCCUCAGAGGACGUAGUUAUGCUACUCUCCUCUCUCCUCUUAUUAUCCUUUAGAGAAUUCAGUGUCUUAUAAUUUAAGAAUAGUAGUUAUGUAACUUGUAAAAUAUCAUUAUUAUAAUUGUUAUGUAUAAAUUAGAUUAUAGUAAAAUAUAGAUAAUAUUGUUACAAAUG